CCCAAGCCCACGGAAGAGGACACAGCAUGUGCCUGUGCUCCAGAACCUCAGAGUGCAGACACGGAUGGCCAUAGAGCAGCCGGCACAAUGACAAGACCCGGAGUGGGCAAGUGUGGGAGAGUGACAAGAGCCAAGCCCCAGAAGAGGGCAGGGGAGGGAAGGGCAGCCACUGGCGGAGCAGGGGCACCCCGCCCAGACGCAGGCAGAAAGGGAGUUGCACGGGUGAGCACCUUGGUGGUGGAAAGAUGCUGUCUCCGCGGAGGCCAGGUAACCAUCUCAGGCACUUUCAAGAUACAGCAAUGGGACAUGGGCAGACAGGACUUCCUGGAAUCUGCUCCUGGUCUGGGGCUCUUUGUGACGGUUACAACUUACAGCGAGGAGGUACUACUGUCAAAGUUAUAUGGCCCACAAGGAACAUUCUAUUUCACUUCACAUUCACCUGGCGAACACAUCAUUUGCUUAGAAUCUAAUUCCACGCAGCUUGUGUCGUUUGGAGGGAGUAGGCUGCGGGUCCACUUAGACAUCCGCGUUGGAGAACAUGACCUCGAUGCUGCCAUUGCUCAAGCCAAGGACAAAGUUAAUGAAGUUAGCUUCAAGCUUGAACAUCUAAUUGAGCAAAUUGAGCAAAUAGUCAAAGAACAAAACUAUCAAAGGGAUCGUGAAGAAAAUUUUCGAAUGACCAGUGAAGACACAAAUAGCAAUGUUUUAUGGUGGGCUUUUGCACAAACAUUAAUCUUUAUCUCAGUUGGAAUUUUCCAAAUGAAGUACCUUAAAGACUUCUUUAUAGCUAAGAAGCUUGUUUAAAAUGCUAAUAAAGACAGAU